AUGAUGCUCCACUUUAUUCUGCUAAUAAUUCCCAUUUCAACUAUUGUGGUAACUUCUACAUUGGCAAAAAUUUAUCCAACAUUUAAAAUCCUUCAGAAAUGCGAUAACACAAUGACCAUUGUGUGGGGAAAACCCUCUGCGCUGACUAAUGCACUUGCCAACACCUCGCUAACUUGGGAUCAGUGCGUCAGUGCGUGCUAUACGGCCCAGAGAUGUGUUGUGAGUGGGAAUAGGUCAAAUGCAAAGUUGUUAGUUGAGUUGCAGUUGGCAUACCAGAAUGCGACCGCGUGCAACAUGUUCAACUACAACGUCAUGCCUACAGUAACCCAAGAAAACUCGACUCUCGGGAACAUGGUCGCAUUCAAAGUGACGAGUCUUGGUGAUACGUGUCCGGUUGGGGUUGAUGCGCCGACUUUCAACAAAACCAACGCGACGGUAAACGGGAUCCGGAAAGAGUCAGAAACGGAGUGAAGAAGGAUUUCAGGGAUACCUGCUCACAAAUGAUAUUGGAAACGAAUAUCCAGCUAAGAUCUACUACAAUAUCAGUCUUUCCGGAACGACGUGGAAGCUUAGUUAUCUGGGUAAGUACUUCGGAAUCAGGUAUCAGAAAUCUGCUUUGAUUUUAUUCAGUGAGUAGCUCCUGUGUGAGUCCUUCUGUGAGUUUCAUACAGCAUUCCGAUGGAUCUGUUGUCUGCAUUGCGGUAAAAACUUCUUACUGUUCGGCUGGGACUGCUUGGUCUUUUUCAGAUUUACAUUUCAAACGGAUCGCUGAGCUACACGGACUCUGUCGCCGGCUGCAAGACCCUCGGAGCUACGCUUCUCAGCAUAAACUAUCCAGCAGAUGCCUUGGCCGCAGUUUGUCAGUCUCCCACCUUAUUCUGACUUACCGUUCCGUUUCAGUUGUAAUCAAUUACUACUAUGCCAACUUUAAAACCACCAACUUUUACGUGAGAAUCGACGGACAAAGAACGACGGCGUGCCAGUCCGCUCCGAACACGGCCGCUUGCGUGUCCGGCUCUGUAAGUAUACCUUCCGAUCCGACGAUUCAACUUGUUUAAACUUUAAAGGGCUUCAACUUUACGGAUCUGAACUACAAAGGCAGUCUCGACUACUACAACUGGACGACCAAUUCGUCUGCGAAAGUGGCCGCCGACGAUCAUUGCAUCGUUUACGCAGUCCUCGGCAGUAACUCGACCAAAGCGGAUGUCAGAAGGUGAAUCUGGAUAUCAUGUAGUUUGAAAACUAAAAACGAUUUCAGCUGCACGAACAAGUCUCCCUACUUAGCCCUCGGUCAUUUGUGCGCCAAGACGGGGUGGUCCUGA